AUGGAUGCCAGAGACUUAAUUGAAAAUCUCAAGGGACACCUUACUUGCUCCGUCUGCCUGGGUUACUUCUCUGACCCAGUGACAGUCAAAUGCGGACAUAGUUUUUGCAGAGAGUGUCUUCUCCAGUGCAAGGAGAGAGCCACUGAAAUCUUAACCUGCCCAGAGUGCAGAGGAGUCAUCAGAUGCAAAGACUUGGUGCCCAACAGCCACCUGCAGAGCCUGGCCGUCAUUGGCCAAAAGCUCCGACCUCAUUUGCUGCAGAGCACGGUGAGCCUGACCACCUGUGAUCAACAUGGGAAACAAGAGAAGUUCUUCUGUGAGGAGGAUCAGAGGCUACUCUGCGGUUCUUGCUCAUCAGCCCCAGAGCACAAGGCUCACAAAGUCCUUCCUUGGGAAACCGUUGCCAACAAGUGCAGGGAUGAGCUCAAGGAGACACAGACUGUCUUGGGAGAAACAGAGGAGGAGUAUGAAAUUAUGUUGGAAAACGCGAGAAAGAGAAAGCUAUGGUGUAAGGAGAAUGUAUCCACGUUGAAACAUUCAGUAAUGUGUGAAUAUGAGAAAAUUCACCAGUUCUUAUGGGAUGAAGAAUAUGAGCACUUGGAAAGGAUACAACACGAAUCCAGAGACGGCCUGGCUAAAAUGGAGGAGAACAUGGACGAGCUGAGCCAACAAAUCCAGAAUCUGCAAGAAAUGAUGUUAGAAGUACAGAAUAAUUUGAACAAGGCACCUUUGGAAAUGCUCCGGGAUAUGCAAGGCAUUUUGGAAAGGAAUGAUGAGCUUCUACUUCAAGAACCUGAGCUUGUUUCACCUUCCCUGAGCAGCUGCUCCAUCACAUGCUUGAGAGAAGUGCUCCUGAAGUUCUGGAGUGACAUAACUCUUGAUCCCGAAUCAGCCAAUCCUCAUCUCAUGCUUUCUCAAGAUUUGAAGAGGGUCCAGUAUGGAAGUGUCCAUCAGGACUUGCCUGACAACAAAGACAGAAAUGACUGUGUUCUUGCUGUUUUGGGGAUCCAGACUUUUACCUCAGGAAAACAUUAUUGGGAGGUUGAGGUGGAAAAUAAGACAGAGUGGGAAUUGGGUGUCUGCGAAGAUUCAGCCAAAAUGGACAAGCUCUGCCGCUAA